AUGCCGCUUUCCUCCAUAGAACACAGCCUGUCGUACCAGGUGCGACGCUGGCUGCCACACGUGCUUUCAACAAGGGCUUCCCACAGGACAGCGUACGUUUUGUCCCUCUUAUCGGCGCUCACGAGCGGCUUCAUCUCGUUGGUCUCGCUGUACUCGUACCCGUGGAAAGUGCGACUGAACUACACAUCAUGGCAGAUCAACACCAUCUCGAGCAUGGCAAGCUUGGGGGCGUACCUUGUCCCGCCAGUUUUGGGGAUCCUCGCAGAUAACCACGGCCCGAUCACACUGAGCUGCCUUUCGAUCGUCGGGUUCAUACCAAGUUAUUCGUACCUGGCGUACAUUUUCAACCACCCAGAGAUAUCACAGACUGGGUCGAGCUUCGGCGUCGUGGUAGCGUGCUUCGUCGUCAUCGGUAUAUCCACAAGCGCGCUAUAUUUCAGCGCUUUGCUCACCUGCACAAAACUGUACCCACAGCGGAAACUCCUCUCCAUUAGUUUCCCAACUACGUGUAUCGGGAUCUCCUCUCUUGUCGGGUCCCAGAUCCUGAAGUUUAAAGUGUUUUGGUACGAUGACAUGUCGAUAAACGAAACGUACUUGAACUUGAAUGUGGUGUUUAAGUGUCUAGCAAUACUUUACGUGAUUAUCGGCCUCUCCGCAUGGGUUUCCACGGGUACUGUGUCCAUGAUUACCUAUGCAGAGGACCUGAAACAGGAAGCGGACCUCCUGGAAGAGGAGUCGGACACACCCACAGAUGCAGUGUACGAUGUCGAAAGUUUCGAGGCCGCCUCGCUGCUACACACAUCUCGCUCAUCAAUCUCUAUAUCAUCGGCAAUGCUCGCGACCACUAAUUAUGGCACCCAGAAAAGUGAUGUCGCCACAUGGGAGCAACCAAAGUCCGUGUUCAGGGACCCAACGCUUUAUCUUCUAGCGAUCACCAUGCUGCUGACUUUGGGACCACUGGAGAUGUUUGUGACGGACAUGGCUUCGUUGUCAAACCUUAUCCUAGACAGCAACAAGACGACCUCCUCGAACACAAACACACAGAAUGUGCCAAGCACCCUGCUGUCCAUAUUCGCUUUGUCGUCAACAGCGGCAAGAUUAACCAGUGGCGUAAUCAGCGAUUACCUGCUAGACCAUAACCUGAAACUACGGCGGAUCCUACUGCCCUUACUCGUCCUAACCCUCGUCUCGCAAGUAUUGAUACUUGCCCUCACGGAAAGUUCGUUCCUGAAGGGCCUUUCAGUUAAAGCCAACAUCCUGAUAUCCGGUGCGGUGCUGGGAGUUUCCUACGGCGGGUUGUUCACAAUAUACCCUACUUUAGUACUUACCGUAUGGGGCCAAAAAUCCUUCGGGAGCGCUUACGGUAGUCUGAUGGUUGCUCCAGCAUUGGGGUCCGUCGUGUCAUGCAUGCAGUAUGCACUCAUCUACGAUUCUAGGUGUGUGAGAAACGUCGUCGGAACGUGUAUAUCAGCUGUCUACAAAUUCGGAACCGCGCAAGUCUUGGUCGCCAUCGUUAUAACUUGUAUCAUGCUGAAGGGAUGGGGUAAAAGAGGACACCAGGCGUAG